AUGUCAUCUCAGGAACCCCAGAUCUCUGAGUUCUUGGCGCUCUGCAAUGUUUCGAUUCGAGAUGAUAUUCCAAAAACUAAGCUUGAAAAAGUCUUGAAAUCACAUCCGUUUAUACCCAUUCCCGGAGCACUCAACCUUCGCACAAUCUCAUCUCCAUCUCUCCCACCGAAUCUCAUCUUUCGCUCAGGUACCCUCUCCCAUCUAUCUGCAAGCGCGCUUGCACCACUCAAAGACACGUACAAUAUCACAACCAUAUUCGACUUGCGAAGCUUUGAAGAGAGGGAGAAAUCUCCGACUCCAGAGAUUCCUGGCAUCGAAAACGUAUGGAUACCUAAUACGCUGGUAGUCGACUCGCGCUUUCAAGGCGCUGGUGCUGUGACUAGCACUAUGAUUGUGGAAGAAAAUCCAGAGCCAGUAACGGUACGCAUAGAUCCUGCGGAUUUUGUAGCGAAUGAUGGCAAAGAUGGCUUUCUCAAGAUGUAUGGAGAGAUCUUGGAAAGUCAUAGACAUGCGUACAAGGCUGUAUUUAAGACUUUGAGAGAUGGCCACGGUAGAGUGUUGUUUCAUUGUACUGCCGGCAAAGAUCGCACUGGUAUGCUCUCAGCUCUGAUACUGGCUCUAAGCGGCGCUUCUCGUGAAGUAAUUGCAGAAGACUAUGUCCUUACUAGAAUCGGACUUGAGCCGUUCCGUACGAGCCUCACGGAAGUUCUUCUGAAACAAAUGGGAAGAGAGCCCAAUCAUGAUUUAUUCGAAGAGCCGGGAAUGGAAACCAUGUGUACAAUCAAAGGAGUAAUAAUCCUUUGGGUACUUGAGUGGAUGGAUGAGAAGUGGGCAAGCGUGCAAGAGGAUGAAUACGCGCCGGAUUCACUUUAUCCUGGAGUUGAUGGCUAUUUGAGAAAGGAAUUGGGCUUUCAUGAGACAGACGUUGAAAGAAUUCGGACGCAGGUAAGAUCUGGCGCCGAUUUGACAGGAUAGUAAGGUGCUCGGCUGGAAAAAGUAAAAUACCGACAAAUACGUUCACUUCAAAAUUGUUAAAUAUAUCUGAUCUAUAUUAGAAGG